AAUAUUCUACUCGCAGCUUGAGUUUAAUAAACUUCAAAAAGCACCGCAUUUUUUUUAUUUUUUAUCUUCAUUAUAAAUUAUAAGUUGUGAACCCACCUUAACUUUAAAUCCAGGAUUUUUGUAGUCUAUGCAUAUAUAUAUAUGCAUAUAUAUAUAUAUAUAUAUGUGUGUGUGUGUGUGUGUGUGUGUGUGAAAAAGUUGUGCUAAAUAAAAAUAGGUAGAGUGCUUAAUUAAAAAUAGAUAGAGUUUGAUUUUAUGAUGGACUCGUUCAAACCUUUGAAAUUUGCAACACUCACUACUGUGCAGCCCCGCAGUCUCAUUUCCCAUAUUGAAAAAUGCGAAAAGAGUUUGAAUAUUGAAGCCAGAUUGAGAUUUUUCUCGUGACAGAUCAGAGGGGCAAUAUCAACUUUCAUCAUCCUAUUCAUUACAAUUGCCACACAUCCAAUCGCGCCAACUUGCUUUUUCUUCAGCAGGACAAGUUGAUUACGGUGCUGGGAAUCUUCCAAAAAUCUGGCGAUUCGAGUGAACUUACGACUUUAGACUUUGAGACUGGAACCUGUGGAAAGCCGUCUGGGUCUUUGAUUUGUGGUUGGUUCAAUCAUGGAUUCCUGCUGUGCGAACUUGAAUGGUAAUGUGCAUCUAGUUAAAGCAAGCAAACAAGGUUUUAGAAAUCGAGGAACAGGAUUUUGGGGGGAGAGUAUCAGGGGGAGUCUGAAAGGCAGAGGUUUGAGUGCUCAACUUUUGAAGAGUUUAAAAAGCGAAAGCAGAGUUAGAAAGCUUACGCCUGGUGCGUCCUAUUCAGUUCUCACAUCGAAUAUAAACAAAGAGAGUGUGACCGUUCAGGCACCAAUUUUUGAGACUCCACAAGCAGAACCCAAAAAUGUAGCUUCGAUCAUAUUGGGUGGAGGUGCUGGAACUCGCCUGUUUCCUCUUACUAGCAGAAGAGCCAAGCCUGCGGUUCCAAUAGGAGGGUGUUAUAGGCUGAUUGAUAUACCAAUGAGUAAUUGCAUCAACAGUGGUAUAAAAAAGAUAUUCAUAUUAACGCAGUUUAACUCGUUUUCCCUCAAUCGGCACCUUGCUCGUACCUACAAUUUUGGAAAUGGCGUGAAUUUUGGAGAUGGGUUUGUGGAGGUUCUUGCUGCAACUCAAACACCAGGAGAAAGAGGGAAGAAAUGGUUCCAAGGAACUGCUGAUGCUGUGAGGCAAUUUAUAUGGGUCUUUGAGGAUGCCAAGAACAAGAAUGUUGAACACAUUUUGAUAUUGUCCGGUGAUCAUCUUUACCGGAUGGACUAUAUGGAUUUUGUGCAGAGGCAUAUUGAUACAAAUGCUGAUAUAACGGUUUCAUGUGUUCCCAUGGAUGACGGUCGUGCAUCAGAUUAUGGUUUGAUGAAAAUUGACAAUGCAGGACGCAUUAUUCAAUUUGCUGAGAAACCAAAGGGCCCUGAUCUUAAAGCAAUGCAAGUUGAUACCACUCUUCUAGGUCUCUCUAAGCUUGAUGCUGUGAAAUACCCUUAUAUUGCAUCGAUGGGUGUCUAUGUAUUUAGGACUGAUGUCCUACUAAAGCUAUUAAGGUGGAGCUAUCCUUCUUGCAAUGAUUUUGGUUCUGAAAUUAUUCCAUCAGCUGUGAGAGAUCACAAUGUCCAAGCAUAUUUAUUUAAUGACUACUGGGAGGAUAUUGGAACCAUAGAGUCUUUUUUUUCUGCCAACUUGGCCCUGACAGAGCAGCCACCGAAAUUUGAAUUCUAUGAUCCAAAGACACCUUUCUUCACAUCUCCUAGAUUCUUGCCGCCAACCAAAGUUGAAAAAUGCAGGAUUUUGGAUGCAAUAAUUUCUCAUGGUUGCUUCUUGCGGGAAUGUAGCGUAGAGCAUUCUAUAGUGGGUGUGCGUUCACGUUUGGAGCAAGGUGUAGAACUAAAGGACACUAUGAUGAUGGGUGCAGACUACUACCAAACCGAGUCCGAGAUUGCGUCCUUGCUAGCUGACGGAAAAGUUCCAAUUGGUGUUGGGCAGGAUACCAAAAUCAGGAACUGUAUCAUUGACAAGAAUGCCAAGAUUGGAAGAAAUGUGGUGAUCACAAAUGGUGAUGGAGUUAAAGAAGCAGAGAGGCCAAAGGAAGGAUUCUACAUUAGGUCUGGUAUCACAGUCAUACUGAAGAAUGCAACAAUUAAAGAUGGAACAGUUAUUUAAUCUUUUAUCAAAUCUUCGAAAGCGACACAUAUUCAGGUUGAGAAAGUUCCUUAUUCAACUUCAUGUAGACGAACUGCUCUUUUAGAUGUAAAUUAAACGUGCAUUUUAUGUAUGUAAGAAAGUCUACUAGUUGCUUUAAUAAAAGCUUGCUUUGAUCUGUACUAGAA